AACGCCAGAUGACGACGACGACGACAAGCCAUUGGCGGCUACUUUAGAGAGCAAGUUGGCGAUCAAGACAGAACAGACCAAACCCCAGCUCAUGUUCACGAUAACUGUGGGAGAUCCCCAGAAGGUCGGCGAUCCAAUCAGUGCUCACAUAGUUUACACCGUCACAACAAAGACAAAUCAUCCAGCAUUCAAGAAGGAUUCUUUCUCUGUCCUACGACGUUACUCAGACUUCCUCUGGCUCUAUGAGACCCUUGUUUCCAAUAAUCCAGGCAUCAUAGUCCCUCCUGUCCCCGAGAAAGUUGCUUUGGGGCGUUUUGAGGGGUCGUUCGUGGAAUCGAGGCGCUUGGCCCUAAAUAAGUGCAUACAGAAAAUCGCGAACCAUGCAAAAUUAGCGAAUGAUCUCGAUUUUAUAUUUUUCCUGGAGUCAGACACGUUUUCACUUGACAUCAAGCAUAGACGAGCAGAGUCAUCGACAGGUGGUUUCCUCGCUUCCCUAGGAAGUUCGAUAUCUGGGUCUAAAUUCCAUGAAACCGAUGAAUGGUUUGAUAAGAAGAAAACCUACCUAGAUACACUCGAGGCUCAACUCCGGUCUUUGGUCAAGGCUAUAGAGGCCGUGGCGAAACAACGGACGGAGGUCAUCACCGCAACUCAGGAAUUCGCCGACACCAUAGCAGCGCUGGCGGCUUCGGAUCUGAGCAAGCAUUUAUCUGAAUCUAUGAAAGUACUAGCUCAGGUCGAAACACAAGCCAAAGAGUUGCACGACAGUCAAGCAAGGGACGAUCUUGUUUUAUUGACAGGAACAGUGGACGAGUACAUUCGUUUGAUCACCUCUGUUCGGCUGGCAUUCCAAUCCCGCACCAAAACAUACCAUAAUAUGAAGCUAACCGAAAGUGAGCGCUUACGGGUCAGAAAUGCGAAUGAGAAGAUUAUACGACAACACACGGUGGAUCGUCAAUCGAUGGUUCCUCUGCAGCGGGAGAUAGAGCAGGUCGAGUUAAAGGCUCAAGAAGCACGAACCAAAUUCGAAGAGGUUACUAGAUUAUGUAAAGCCGAAGUGGACCGGUUCGAAAGGGAAAGGAUUAACGACUUCAAAAUAUCUCUUGAGCGAUUUUUAGAUGGGAUGCUGAGGCGCCAGAAUGAAAUCAUCGAUUCGUGGGACGGAUACCAGAAAUUGUUGCUGAAAUCAACUGAUUUGAACAAUGAAGCACCAACUGCCGCAUGAAUUUCGAUCAGAAUCAUUCUAACGUCCCCAUAACCUCAUUUUCAUUAGGCUGUAGCUACUUGUGUACACGUAUCAUGCCUUUAAUGUCUAAAAGAUGCGUCCGAGAAAGUCCAAUUGAGAAAAGAAUACAAUGGGACCAUCACCCGUAGAAA